UCCAGCCGGAUCUGACGAUCGUUUUGAGUUGCAAAUGAGGACUUUUUACAGUUGCCGAUCUACAAAAGUCAUUCAGGGAUGUACGAACCGAAGGCUGCAUCGCUGAAUUCAGCACCCGCGGGACAGCUCGAGUCGCGAUAUCUGAUUGGAGGUUGGGGAAGAAAUGUUGGCGUCUUUCAUCAUCAAAGGUUGCCUUCUUGUGAUUGCUAUGCAGGGAUCGGACAAUCGUAGAAGCGGGGUAGUUCAAGCUCUUGCUCUCCGACUGGAUCUGUAUAUACCGAUUCCGUGACAGUCUAUCGUGUGCACGGUGUUGCUUGAGUCUCGUAUCGUAUGUAGACCCAAAAAAAAAAACUCGGAGUAUUUUUCAGGAUUCCAAUAUCUGAUUCUCAACGAGAACGUUGCCAGAAGGCAAACGGUGAAUUUCCACCCUGCAUUGGGGUCUUAUCUGCCCUGACCUCGUGUUGCGGUAUUUUGCCGCAAGCUCAAGUAAAACACAAGCGGUCAUCGUUGCAGUGGUCGAAAACAAAGGAGGACGAGUAUGUCCGCUCCUUUCAACAAAGCUGCCUCUUCCAACUGCUCUAUUUCUGGAAUAUUUACUCUUGGCAACUGGUUUCUACUGUCAGCGUCUUCAUAAGUAGCCAUGCGGUAAUUGAUUUCCGUCCUUGAGCAACUUACACAGACUACACCUUCGUCGUUGUAGGUAAAACUUCCUCUCGCACCUCUCCGCACUGUCUGCGCUAUCGUCCAUCAAGUCUAUAACAGUACCUAUGGAAACCACAUAUAACUACGUCAUUAUCGGCGGUGGAACUGCUGGUUUGGUGCUAGCGAACCGUCUCUCAGAAGAUCGUGCCAUCACAGUAGCGGUUCUAGAAGCUGGUGUUGAUACCACCGCCGAUCCCAGGACGGUUGUUCCCGCCUUGUUUAAUUCAGCCUUGACCGGUGAGCUAGACUGGAAUCUUGCCACAGUACCCCAGAGUCGCCUAGAUGGUCGACGCAUUGGACAUCAUCAAGGAAAAGCUCUUGGGGGAAGCAGCGCCAUCAAUCUUCAAGCUCUGGUUCCUUUCAGUGCUAAUGAUGUAGAUGCGUGGGAGUCGUUGGUGGGGAACGAAGGGUGGAAUUAUGCUUCACUUUCAGGGUAUCGUGACAAAGCUAUCAGCGUCGAUCUUCCUGAUGCCAAAACGUCUUCUGCGCUAAAUCUAUCUUGGGCUUCCCAAUGGGCUGCAGAAACAGCAGGUCCGGUGCAAUCUUCUUGGGUGGAUGUACCAGAAAACCCUAUUCUGCAAGCAUGGAACAGCGCGUUCGAAUCGCUCGGCUACCCUCUCACUGCGUCUCCGUUUUCCGGGAAAUCUACAGGAAGCUUUACCGCACCUUCGACUGUCGAGGCUACAUCCAAAACUCGGUCUUAUGCGGCAUCAGCUUACUAUCUACCCGCAGCCGACCGAGAAAAUUUGCAUGUCAUCACGAAAGCGCUGGUAAGUAAGAUCAAUCUGGAAGAUCGAGGCGGCAAUCAAACCGCCACCGGGGUGACGUAUACGCGCGAAGGUUCGACAGAAACGAUCCUAGCGAAUAAAGAGAUUAUUCUCAGCGCUGGAGCCUUUGAUUCUCCCAAAGUUUUGGAGCUCAGUGGAAUUGGUGACCCGGAAGUGUUAAAAGCCGCAGGCGUCGACACUAUAGUGGAGAACAAGUAUGUUGGCUCCAACUUGCAGGAUCACAUCCAAGUACCGAUGAGUUUCGAGGUUGUGGAUGGAUUUCCUACGGGUGACGAUAUUUUGAGGGGCGACCCAGAAGCGAUUGCAGUUGCCCAGGCACAGUAUGCGGAGACACAGUCUGGCCCUUUUGCGAAUCCCGGAGUCACGAAUUUCGCAUAUCUCCCUACAGUCGACUUCGAAAAUAAUGCUACUGAAAAAUCACGGGCUCUAGCUGAACUCAGGACGGCGGAGCUAGUGCAUCCCCUUGAUGCCGCUCGUAAACAGCUACUCGAGGAUUUGCUUGAAAGGGGAGAUGAAGGCACUGGGCAAUACUUCCUCUUCACGGCACAAUCAUAUAAAGCUGGCAGGGAUACGACACACGGCUUGGUACCUGAACCUCAGGCUGGCAGCUUCAUCACACCAUGUGUUGGGCUCUCGCACCCUCUCUCGACCGGCACCGUUCAUAUCAGUUCAUCAGACGUGAAUAUUCCCCCAACUAUCGACCACAACUAUCUUUCGCAUCCAUUGGACCUCGAACUCCACUCACGUCAUGCCAGGUACCUUGAAACUAUUGCCGAAGCCCCACCAUUGGUGGCUUUCCUGAAACCAAAUGGGGCGCGAAACGAUCCUCUUGCGUUUGUUGGUGGAAGUCUUGUUAAGGCGAAAAGAUAUGCAAAGGCAGCUUCGGGCUCGAAUUGGCAUUCCGUGGGCACUGUAGCUAUGGCACCUCGAGAGAAAGGUGGCGUCGUGGAUUCUUCACUUAGGGUCUAUGGUGUUUCGAACCUGAGGGUGGUUGAUGCUAGUGUUUUUCCAUUGGUUCCGCAGAGCAACACCCAAAGUCUUGUCUAUGCAGUCGCGGAACGUGCGGCAGACCUAAUCAAGAAGGGUUAG